UGAAAGCCUGCAUUUUCAACAGCAAUCCACAGCUGACAAGCAUCCUAACCCAGAAGGCUGCCUUCCAAGACCUGUUGCCCUCGGAGCUGGCCUUCCAUGUGGCCUCCCCAAAACCACUCAGAUAAUGAGAGGAAAUACGGUCAUCAGCUUAGGAAGGCUGGGGGUUCCGGACUGCAGCUGCAAGUCCUCCCCCCCGCCCCCCGCCUCCCUGACUGGAGCCCUUCACCUCUCUGCAGUCAGUCCUCAAUGUUCCCUGUGAGCCUGCGGAUGCCACUCGAGAUGGCCCCUUAUGGUGUCUGGGGAAUGCUCGCAGCCUUUCUCUCCCUGCUCUGCUGCCGAGGGUCUGGUGAGAAGGCGUUCGAGGGGCCAGAGCGACUGAUGGUGGGGUCUGGAGAGUUUCAGUUCAUUAACUGUACUGCCAGUUGUACGGAUCCCAAGAGAAUUGUUCUGGAGACGGCCCUAAACAAGACUCUCCUGGAGAACCAGGCUCAGUGGAAGCUGUUCAAGGUCUACAACGUCUCCAAGGAUGAGGAGCUCCUGUGCAGUUCCACCUGCGGUGGCAAGCAGGAGACGAAAGUUUUCCACAUCACCGUGUUCUACCCUCCAAAGCAAGUGCUGCUGACGCUGUCGCCCACCUCAGUGGCCGUAGGGACGCUGUUCACCAUCGAGUGCAGGGUCCCCGCUGUGGCCCCCCUCAAAGGUCUCACUGUCACCCUGCUCCGUGGUACUGACAUCUUGUGCAAUCAGACCUUUGUGGGGACAGCACUUUCCCCCCAAGAUGCCGUGGUCACCCACAACACCACAGCUCACAGGGAAGACGGCCUCUAUAACUUCUCAUGCGAGGCCCUGAUGGAUCUGCGCUCUCGCGGCGGUGGCCUCGUCCACAGGGUCUCAGAUCCCCAGAGGCUUGAAGUCAAAGAGCCCGAGCCCAACAACCAGAUGGUGAUCAUCGCGGUCGUCAUAGUGCUGCUGCUCCUGUUUGUGACAUUUGUCCUCCUGUGCUUUGCCUUCGGCCAGAAGUGGUUCCGGGGGCGGACAGGUCAUUACCGUGUGCACGCCACUUGGAGGAGGCUGAUAGGGAGCCACCGGGCAGCGCCGGUAUGAGCGGCGUGGCCACUGGCACGGCGGCCACUGGAACUCACUGUGGCUCCUUAGGGUGCGGUCCAGGCCUGGCUGGGGGACCAAGGCAAACAGCCUGAAUACAAACACCUGGACUUAACCCUGUGCCUUCGUGUCUCCUGCUGGGAAUGGCCAGGAAGGGGAGCCACCAGGCCUGGCUGGACUUCUGUCUCCAAAUGUCUCCUCCACCUCCUCCGCCCUCUCCUUCGGAGGCCUUCCGGAGCCCCAGCAAACCCAGGCCCUGGCGUGCCCCCAGGCCGACCCGCCCGGGCACCAGGCACCCAGCCUCAUGGGACCCUGAGUGACUCCUUCGUCCUGACGGAGGGUGGGGAGACCCGCCUGGCCCAGAGGGGCAGAGAGACACUCUGUUCCCACGUGGCCCUCCAGGACAUGGCUCUGACUUCUCUCUUCAGCCAACAGAGCCAGCAUCCAGGGGUGAGUGUGGGGGCCCAAUGGCUUGGCUCCAGGAACCUCCCUGCCAGGCCUCCCCCACCACUCUGGGCCUUUGGAGAGCCAUGGAAACCAAGCAGUCCUCGCCUCUUACCUCCAGUUUUGUUAUUGGGCUAAAUGGAGACCCCGCAGUCCUGGUCAUCCAGAGAGAGGGUAAGGGGAGGAGGUCAAGGGAGGGCUCCGUCUCCCAGGCCUCUGCCAGCCGGGGCAGCAAUCAACUGGACAUGGUUGGCCUUUCAUGUGGCUUCUGGGGCCUGGACGGGGCUCUAAGGGGCUCUCACCCGGAUCAGAGAUCAGGUUGGUUCAAAGUCUCCAUGUGGUGGAGACGGGACUCAUCUACCCCAGGGAGAUGGAACUCAUCCACCCCGGGGAGAUGGCCUGGUUGGGGAUGGGAAGGUAAGAAGGGUUGCCAGGUGUAGAAAGGGGUUAUUAGGCAUGAGAGGGACAUGGAGGCUCCAGGGUGGCUGUUUCCAACUCUUCAGUGAAGCUGGCCUGGGCCCCAGGGCUGCUGUCUGUCCUCAUUAUAGGCUCUCCGCAUCGUAGUAGUCUGGGGGGAGAAGCAGCCUCACGAUGACUGCCCCCUGCCUCAGUGGACCCCAAGGAAGAGUUAAGGGGACAGACCCACUGUCUGUAGUGACAUGCCCCCACCUCAGGGCACGUGGCCCUCCCAGCCUUCGGAUCCACCCCUUGGCUUGGGCCCUGCUGACCACCCACCUGGUCCCUACCUGAAGCUGGAGGUACAUCUGCACCCACAGUUCCCGUGGCACUGGGGGGUGGGGGUGGGGGCACCGCUCUCCUGAGACGGGAAAGGGAAAAGAAACCCCCCAUCAGAGUUCUCAGAGUGGCCUCUGCAAUUUGACCCCCAAGCCUUCCCACCCCACCCACAGACCCUGUCCAGCUCUUCCAGCCCCAGAACAAAGCCUUGGCAGAACCCAGACCUCCAGCCUCACUUACACCCUCCUUUUUCUAGGCGCAGGGGGGUGGUGCUGAAUCACAGCUGAAUUCUGCACGUGGGGCUGGUGUAGGGGAGGGGAAAGAAGAGGGCCUGGCCAGGGAAGCAGGGGGCCCAGGGCAGGCAUCGGGCAGGGCAGAUAGUGGUGGUGGAAAACCAGAGGCACCUCCUCCUGAGCUGCAGUCUCCUCCGCCUGUUGAACCUCCAGGGAGACCUGGGGAUUGUGCAAGACGGGAGGGGAGAGGAUACAGCGUCAGAUUCUCCCUGCCCCUGGUCCUCCAUUCCUCUGAAUUAUUUCUUCAGAUGCACAGCUCAAAACGGCUCCUGUCUUUUGAGCAUUUAAAACAAGCAAGCAAAGCACUUUGGAGACAUUUAUUCCUUAUUCUGCAGGUGGGAAAACUGAGGCUCACAGGUUAAGCAGCUUUUUUAAGGUUACCCAGUUCCUAAGUGGCCAAGCAGGGACUGGAGGGAUCCAAAUAUGGCUCCAGAGCUGGGCCCACGAGUCCCGCUGGCCUCACCCUGUUACCGAUUCAGGGUCAUUGGACACUUUAAUGGAGAAGGGAUAGGCUACCCACUCCAGUAUUCUUGGGCUUCCCUGGUGGCUCAGCCGGUAAAGAAUCCGCCUGCAAUGCAGGAGACUUGGGUUUGAUCCCUGGGUUGGGAAGAUCCCCUGGAGAAGGGAAUGGCUACCCACUCCAGUAUUCUGGCCUGGAGAAUUCCAUGGAGUAUAUAGUCCAUGGGGUCACAAAGAGUCCGAUACGGCUCUUUAAUCAAUAGAUUUUAAUAAGAAACCAACCAAGGAAUUCAGGCUGAGAAUUCACUGGGACUCAAGCCGCACCAGGGAGUGAGAAUGCGAGUCGCUGGGUGCCCAAGCUCCCUCCCCAAGAAGAGUGGGUUGGUUCCUUAAAUGGGGAGAGAGUGAGGGCUGAUGGACGGGUUGGGCUGGAGGGGUGGCUUAGGUGGCCCGCCCACUUUCUUGGCGGUGCAGGGAUCAUACACAGUACCCUUCUUUUGCUCCCUGAAGCUCAGAAACGGCAGUUGAUUUGUGACCUUUUUGUAGCUUAUUGUUCAUAAGUGCCCCUGCUGCGCAUGCGUGCAGUUAUUUUUAGUUCCUUUGUUUUCCACUAAUGGUUAGCCCAGGUGCAAGCACUUCUGUAAAGAGUUCCGGGUCCCAGCCCAUCUCAAGCCCCAGUCCCUGACCCACUUAUGCCCCUGUUGAGGUGGGGUGUUCAUCCCCAGGGCCAUCCCCACCUCCAGGGCCGGCAGGGGAGGGAUGAAGGGGUGGGAUGGCAGCAGCCCCUCAGGGUGUCCCUCUGCCUACGACCAGCCCCUCCUUGAACCCCCUCUCUGCUACCUCCAAGCUGACUGGCAUCCUCUCUCCACCCAGCUGUCACUCCUCCAGACCUCUCAGGGUGCCUAUCAUCUGCUAAAUAAGGUCCUCCUUAGAGCUCCUCCCAUGUACCCCCACCCAACACACACACACACACACACACACACACACGUGCGCGCGCACGCACACAAGGUUUCCUCCAUUCUAUCUCUGACUUUGUCGCUGUUCACCUAGAUGGUGGACUGUACACCUCUCACUUCCUUCAAGCAUCAGAAUCCUACCUGGCUUUUUUUUUUUUUUUUUUCUUAUCUUUUCUUUUUGGCCACACAAAGAGGCUUCUGGGAUCUUAGUUUCCUGACCUGGGAUUGAACCCUGGGCUCUCCAGCAGUGGAAGCUCAUAGUCCUAACAUUGGACCACCAGGGAAUUCCUCUACCUGGCUUUUAAGGGCUGGUUCUAAGGCCAUGCGCUCUUCCGAGGAGCCCCAACCAGGUGGCCCUCACAAUUUGUACCAGUCCCAGCCAAAGUUGCCUUGUAUUCAUAGUUAUUCAUUUACUCAGUCACUUGUUCAACAAAAGCAAUUGAGUCCCUAGUAAUUUAUCAGGUACCCUAUAGUCCCAGGGAACAGUGGAGCCUCUCUGUCCCUGGGAGUCCAGUGGGGGAUGCACUGCAGGGGAUCUGAACACAAGACCUGAGUGGUCUGGAUUUGGGGACCCCCUACCUCUAUUCCAUGGAGGACGACAUGGCCAUCUGGCACAUAAUAGAUGCCAAACAGAGAAGCCACAUAGAUGUGGGUUGACUUUUGGCUCCUCUGUUGCCUGGUUUUCUUUUUUUUUUCUCAAGAUAGAGGGAACCCCAAAUGUUUGCCCACCUCUGUCGCUGCAGGUGGGCAGCUCUGGUAGUCCACCCCCACCCCCAGGCAACGCACCUGUGGGUGAGUCCAGGAAAGCCCCUGGUUGAGCGCCGCUGCCACCUGGCCACUCAGAAACAGCUGGUUCAUCUGAACGUUCUGUAGCAUCAUCAGCUCCAGCAGGUCUAGGGGACCGGAGUUCAGCAGGCCUCCGCCAGCCCUUCCCCUACCCUCGGUGGCGAUGCCAGGGUCAUUUCCCCAGCGUCCUGCCCCGGGAGUGGAUGGGUGGAUGGGGGUGGGGGGUGGGGGGUGGGGUGUGCCCAGAGAAUGUGCUGGGCAGAGCAGGGUACAACAUGGGGAACUCCCGGAGUCUCACCUUCCUUCACGCGGCCUGGCUGCGGGGAUGGAGGUGGGAUGGUCCACGGGAGGGGCUGCAGAAUGGUCACCCAGGGCUGGGGGGAGGGGGUCUCAGUCAGGCAGGCGGGAAAGGGAUGGGGAGCCCCUAAACCUGCAGGAGCUUCUCCCCUCUGCGCCCCCACGGCCUCCCAGUUCUCCGUCAAGUCUCUUCCUCUCCGGCUGGGGUCCCUCUCCUCACCACCCCCUACAGGGUUUCGAACCUCCAGGAACAUUUCCCCAACUAGGCCCCCCACCCUCGCCUGCCUACAAGGUCUUCCAGAUAAAGGCAAGCUCCGCUCCCUGACUCAGCCUUCACCAUCGGGGCUGCAGUCUGUGCUGGGGGAUGGCUCCAGCUCCCUCCAGUCCCUGAGGCCAUGGCCAGCUGCGGGGAUCAGGGUUACCUUGACGACACUGGAAGACGCCAAAGUCUCCUCCCACGCAUGCGCAGGUCCCGCCUGCGCUCUGGUGUCCGGGCUUUCCCCUAAGUCCCCGCCUCCUGCUCUGCUCUCUCCAACUCUAAGGAGGAGGGGUUCCCAGGGAUCCUUACCCCGCAGCUCCGGAGGCCCGACUCUCUCCCAGAUGUCCACAUCCAAACCCCUGCGCUGGGGCUCUCUGGACAUCGCGUCUCAUCCUACGCUGUAUCUCACAUUCUUGGGCAUCCCCAGCACCAGGCCUGGAGAGCGGGGUGGGAAGGGUGGGGCUGAGGGGUGGAGGAGGGGGUCGGGGUACGUUUGUUGAAUGAAUAAAUGAGUGACUGGGGAAGCCCACCCCACCUCGGACACUUGGUUUUCCGACUGGAGCCCAGUUGACUAGGAUGAUGAGUUAGGAGUAGAGAAUUAUACUGCAGUAGGCUUGGGGGCGAGGGGCAGGUGAGUAAGGAGGGCAGGGGGUUUGCUCCACAUCUCUUGCUCUGAGGCUCAGCGGUAGAGAAUCCGUCUGCAGUGCAGGAGAUGGAGGAGACGCGGGUUCAAUCCCUGAGUUGGGAAGAUGCCCUGGAGAAGGGCAUGGCAACCCUCUCCAGUAUUCUUGCCUGGACAAUCCCAUGGACAGAGGAGCCUGGCGGGCUGCCGUCCAUGGGGGUUGCAAAGAGUCAGACAUAACUGAGCACAGACACAUACUCUGAAUCAGAGGGCUGGCCUGCAGGCCAAGAGAGGCUUCUGGAGCAGACCAUGGAAGAAAACACCGACCAAGUUCUCGGAAAAGGCUGGCCCCUGUUUGCUCCCUGGUCCCCGGUCAAGAUGAGCCACUUCUCCAGAGAAGUGAGAGCGGGGAGUUUAACAUCAGUGACCCGUCAUUGUCCUUUAUCUUUAAAAAACUACCAAAGCAUGCAUUCUUUCGACAGGAAGUUAUCAAGGUCUUCUUUGCUUAAGAACAGGUGAAGGGAGGGAUCUAUUUCGGCAGCUGUGACCAUCCUAAGAUAGGCCCUGAGCAGCAGUUGAAGAAAAUCCAGACAGGAAGCUGGGAUUAGCACCCUGGAGCUGCCCGUCCCCCACCCUCCACUUCUCUUCUGUUCUCCUUCCCAGCAGUCCUGGCGUCUAGAACCAGGAAGGCCAUUCGCACCUCCUCAUCUGUAAACCUUCGUCCCUGUCUCUGGGAGAUGGGGUACUGUGGGCAGUGUGUUAGCUGCUCCCAGGGGUCUUGUGGCUUCAACAGCCAUGACCAAGCUGAGAUGGGGCACUGUGGUCCCAGGCGCCCCCCCCAUUCCAGGUGGAAAGAGGGAACCAAGCCUUGUGCCCAGGAGGUGCCUGCGUGUGUUGCUUCUGAGCACUCUAGGCACAGCGGUGUAUCCUUGCUGGUUCCAGCAUUGUUGGGAAGUGAAAAAGGAGGGCACAGUGUAACCUGUGCAAAGCCUCCUAUGAAUGAACCAUAUGAGAAAGGAUCAUGAAAAAGAGAGGACUCAGUCGCUGAAGGAUGGAGUUUUGAAGGAAGUGGAGACCCUUAGAAUGGGGCCAGUGGAUGGGACAGGGCAGCCCAGGCUGGGGACACAGCCAGAGCAAAGGCAUGGAUGCAGGAAAAGACAGGACCUGGAAAGAUCCAGUGGCUCAAACUGCCUGGCGGGGCGAGGGGAGCUGGGCGGAGGGACGUUCCAGGCAGACCCAGGUCAGACUCCAUGGGCAAGUUAUAGAAGUGAGGCUUUGCCAUAUGGGUAAUGGGAAAUUCUUGGUGGGUUUUGCAGGAGCGAAAUAAGCGGAUGACGUGUCAACAGCUAUGUUUUAGGAAGAUUUAUCUUGUUUGUCUUAUCUUUGUUUACCUCAGCCAGAAUUAGAAAGAAUAGAUGUCUGAUGGGAUGUGUCUUCCCAGUGGAAUACUUGUUCCACCACUGACAAUUUUGGUACAAAAUAUAUCUGAUGUGGAACAAUGUCCAGAAGAGUCGAGCAAGGCAAUCAGAAAGCAGAGUAAGAUCUUAUUUUUGUUUGAAAAAUUAUAUAUAUGUAUAAAUGUGCAUGUGUGUGUGGAGAGAGAGAACGAAAGAGAAGGAAAGAGGGAGAGAGAGGGGGGCAAUUAUAGAGAAGCUGUCAGGGUGGCCUACCCCUGCCAGGCUCCCCACUUCUCCACCCCCUCACAGUGCCUCCUGGGAUCACCCUCCAAAUGAACUACUUGCUCCCAAGUCCUUGUUUCAGGCUCUGCUUUGGGGAGAAUUCAAACUAAGAUGCCAGUUUCCCACUUUUUCCAUGUCCUCUGUCCAGGCUGCUGCUAACUCUGGGGGGAAAUCUCUUCUAGUAGCUCUGUGAUGAAUUUGUGUCCCAUAAUGAGAAACACCAAAGUAGACAUUGAAAAACAUUCGUCUGGGAAUAUAAAGGUCCGUGGAUUAAGCUGAGGCAAAGCUGGAGGCAGGGAGGCCAGCAAGGAGGCCACCUUCCUUCCCUGUAAAGGAAGCCCAGGGUGGGCUGGAGAAGGCUGUGGAAGAGAAGCAGGAAGAGUGAUCAUUUUGAUACCUCACAUGUAAGAUUGUAUGUUAACCUUAUGUGAAACUGCUUAUAUUUUGGAAGACAGGGCUGAGAUUCAAACAGUCUGGUUCUGGUAUCCAAUUAGAGUUCAUUGUCAAAGGAAACUGAAGCCCUUGCCCUUUGAAUAAUGGGAAAACCACGCAUUUAUCUGGCAGCGCUAUUAUCAGUGCAAUAAAGGAGUUGACUUCCUAACUAUUCA